AUGGCGGCAGCAGACGGGAGCUUGACGAAGCACGGGUUCCCGCGCGGGUACCGCUUCGUGCCCACCUCGCUGGAGCUCAUCUCCAUCCUCUCCGACCAGAUCCGCGGCCGCACGCUCCCCCCGCCGCUCCACACCAUCUUCCAAGACGUCAGAAUCCUCGACUACCACCCCGAGGAGCUCUACGAGAGGUUCAAGGACGCCGCGGAGCACCGCUACAUCUAUUUCUUCAGCGUGCGGGAGUUCCAGAAGCCUGGGGCCUGCGCCGCCGUCCCCGAGGACAAGGACCAGAAGGAGCCGCGGCCGGUGCGCGUGGCCAGGGGCGGCGGCUGGAAGCCCUCCGGCGGCGGCCAGGUGCUGCGCUGGCCGCGGAAGAAGGGCGGCUUCGUCGCCGGGAGGAUGGUCACCAUGGUGUUCUACGACCGCGUGGACGGCGGCGACGGCGUAAAGAGCAACUGGGGCAUGCACGAGUUCCUCGUCCCCUUCUACGACCUGGCCUUGUACCGCCUCUACAUCCUCAAGGGCGGCGACAUGGAAAGCGAGAACGGGGCCGGGAGCAGCAGCAGCAGCAGCAUCCAGAUGAUGUCAAACGCCUAUGACCACUUCCCGGUGUCGCCGUGUCCACCGCUUCAGCCGUGGGGGAUCUCCACCGGAAACUACCAUCGACCGCUCGACGCCGGCGCCUCGACCUCACAGAUGUUGCCGCCGCCGCCGCAGCAUCCCAGCCUUGAGCAUGCCCAAUACUAUCAGUAUCAGCAGCAGCACGCGUUCGGUGCGGCGGCGGCGCCGCAGGCGUACACCAUGCCGGUGCACGGCGCCGAGUUCCCCGGUAACAUGUACCAGUACCAGCCCGCGAUCCCGCCGGCGCCAGUGGCCGCGCCGACAGCCGCCGCGAACGCAGCAGAGGAGGCCCACGCGACGGCGACUGACGGCGAUGGGCAAGACGAAGCCGUUCGCGGACUGCGGUAA